UCCCACAUGGCUCUACUGCCCUGAGUCACUCUCUGCCACUGCCCCCAGAUUCCUCCCGGAAACAAGCUGGCCGAAGGGCAUCUGUGAAAGUGGGUGGGAAUAACCCACUUCCCUCCCAGCUGGGAAACGAAAUCGAAACCUUGUGGGCCUCUGCAUCAAUGUCCAGAGUCUCUGACCCUGGACCAGGCAAACUCCUACACAGGAGGGGUGGAGCAUAGAAUGUUCUGGCAGGGACUCUGGCAGGCAGCCGCCCCAGCUCCUCACAGCAGUCAGAGGAUGGCACCCACCCUCUACCACGUUCCUCCCGCAUUGGACCUGGAGAUGCAGAACUUGGAGAUGAGGAGCCUCUGUUGCUGGCGGGCUCUGGCGUUGGGUCUGGGGAUUCUGCUGCUCGUGCUGCUGGUCCCCCUGGGCUAUCUCGGCCAUGUUGUCAACAGCCCGGCCUGCCAGGAUGGCCUCCGCACCCAGCAGGGCUGUCUCAACACGACGAGCCUCCUGAAGCAGCAGCUUGACCAGACCCAGCAGGAACUUGGGGACGCCCAGAAGCAAGUGGUGUCCUACAACAAUACAGUGGUGGCCUUGAUGAAGUCCCUGGAGAAGAAGGAGAAAGAACAUCAAUGGAAGAUGCAGGAGAAAGAGGAGCAGCAUGAACGGGAGAUUCAGGCAUUGCAACAGCAGCUGCAGGAGGCGCUGAAGAAGCCGGGCCCCCCCAAGUCUGACACCCCCAGAGAGAACAAGUCCCUGGAUGAGUUAAGCUCCGGCAGCUGCCAAGUCAGCCUCAACAGCUGGGUGCUCGCAGGGCUGCUCCUGCUCUGGGCUCUGAGAUUCCUGUGACCUCACUCAGGGAGUCAGCUGACCACAGCCUGGACUGGUCCAGAUCCUGCUGGCUUCCCACCCUCUUCGUGAGACAGGGGGGUGGGCACAGCAGUACGGCUGGGGAAGGGGAAAGGGCAGCAGUGAGGAUCGUAUCGGA